ACACCAAACACUCCUUCUCUAUCUUUUAUAUUUUUUUUCGUCCUUAUCUUUCUCAGCUACCCCUCUUCUCGUCGCUGCUAUACAGAUAUUCAGAUAUAGCGAAGCGAUCCACGUGUAACAUUUAUUCCGUUAUUUCUACUAUUUUCCCUAAAUAUAGGGGUUUUUCUGUUUUCACUUCUGCCAAAAAUAAGAGUGACGUGGUUACAUAUCGCUACGGUAAUCUCAUUCAGACGCCUCUCUACCUCUAUCUUCAGAUCCUUAUCCGAACCCUUCGAAUUCCCUGUUUGUCUUCUUCCCUCUUUCUUUCUUUCUCUCUUAUCUAAAUCUUUUCAUUUCUUCUCUCUCACUCUCUUUCAUUCUGUUUCUUUUUUCUUUUUCCUUUUUCUCGUCUCUAAAGAUAGCGGAUUUCUUCUGCUAGGGUUUCAUUUUCUUCUCGUUUCGUCUCUCGAAACCCUCGAUCGCGUUUCAUUACUGCCGCUAAUUUUAAUCGAAUCGAGGGUUUCUUCUCCUCUCUCUCUCUCUCUCUCUCUCUCUCUCUCUCUCUCUUUGUUGUUUUUAUGGCAUUGGUUUGGACGUCUCUGUUUGAGAUCUUGCGGAAACCAACGGUCGGAGAUGUUGUGGCCGAGCUGGUUUUAUAUCUGGGCCCGUUGUGGAUUGCGGUGCUCAUAGGGCUCGUGGUCGGGUGGGCUUGGAAGCCAAAAUGGGCAUAUUUGGGGAGAGAGAAAUCGGAUUGUGGGGAGAAGUCUCCGGUCUCUGAGGAUUUGAGUUUGCAGGCGCCACCGUCAUCGUCUGGUUUUAGUUUGAUGCCGAGCUUGAAUUCAUUAAAGGUGCAGCUGCCAAAUUGCAUCGGUUGGAUUUCGGAUGAUAGGGAGGCGGCAAGUAAGGCAUUUGAGAAGAGCACGGCAGAUGAGUCCGGUGGCUCGCAGCUAGAAAAUGAAAAAUUGGCAGUGACUUCGGAGGAUUUAGAGUAUUUGUUCCAGCUUGUUGAGGUUACUGAUGGGGGUCCCACAUGGAUACAGAUGAUGGAUCGUUCCACACCGACUAUGAACUGUCAAGCAUGGCGGAGGGAUUCCGAGACUGGCCCGCCUCAGUACCGUAGCAGAACUGUCUUUGAGGAUGCAACGCCUGAGUUAGUUAGAGACUUCUUCUGGGAUGACGAAUUCCGAUCGGUGUGGGACGAUAUGCUGAUACAUACCACAACCUUAGAGGAGUGCCCCACCACAGGAACUAUGGUAGUUCAGUGGGUUCGAAAGUUUCCGUUCUUCUGUAGCGACAGGGAAUACGUGAUAGGUCGCCGGAUUUGGGAGUCAGGAAGAACUUAUUAUUGUGUGACGAAGGGAGUUCCGCGCCCCUCUGUUCCAAGGCGCAAGAAGCCGCGACGCGUCGACUUGUAUUAUUCAAGUUGGUGCAUUCGGGCAGUGGAGUCAAAAAGAGGGGACGGCGAGCUGACUUCGUGCGAGGUUCUCCUCUUCCAUUACGAAGACAUGGGCAUUCCAUGGGAGAUAGCAAAGCUGGGCGUCCGUCAAGGCAUGUGGGGCACCGUCAAGAAGAUCGAGCCCGGCCUACGGGCUUACCAGACAGCCAGAAGGUCAGGGGCACCACUAUCUCGGUCCGCCUUCAUGGCCCAGAUCAACACCAAAGUCAAUACAGAAUAUCUGAGAUCUUUAGAAACGGCUGGUGAUUCAUCAGAGCUUGAGACUUUGAACUCGAAGGAGAAGCCAUGGGGGAGGAACAUACCCAAGUUCCUCAUCUUUGGUGGGGCCGUGGCCCUUGCCUGUAGUCUUGAUCGGGGGCUCCUAACUAAGGCAGUCAUAUUCGGAGUGGCCAGAAGGUUCGCAAAGGUUGGGAGGAGGUUAUGAUUUUGGGAGUAGCAAUUAUAUCACUUGGGAAAAUUCAAAAAUGAUCCGGCAGCAGUUUCAUUGGCUUCCCUGGUUUCUAAGGGAGAUGAUUUCUCUCUUGAAUUAUGGAAGCAACGGCAGAGGGAAGGAGAGAUAGUAUGGCUGUCUCUAUAGUCAUUGAAAAGAGAUCUGAUAUGAAGGAUUAUUUGCAGCAUACUUGUAUUGCCGAUACUUCCCAUUCUUCUUUCAGUAUUCCAAUUGUAAGUUGGUAUUAGUAAAAUGUACGAGUCUCCAUUCUCUU